UUCUGUGAAACGAAAUGGAAACGUGUUUCGUGUUGUAUUCCGUAGUGUGAUCCGGAUUGUGUUUUCCAGUGGCCAAUUCCACCCGCGAAUUGUUUUGAUUAUUAGCGAAGGCGGCAGCAACAGAGCAUUUUGGCAUUUUUCUCAUCAUCCCGCUUGCUGCGACAGAAACGAACAGCAGCUAGCUCGCCGUCAGGCAGCUCAGAAGAAAGCAAAGUGCACAAAAGUGCACAGGGAAAAAAGAACGAACAAAGUGAACUGAGUGAACUAAACGAAAAAAGGGGGCUGUGAAAGAGCGAAAGAAAGAGCCCGUUGCCAACGAUAUGUGCGAGAGAAACGAAGAAUUUCAUGUAGUUUAGUAAGUGUAGAGCAAAUUGCGUGAAAAAGGAAGUAAAUCAAAGGCUUGUUAGAGGAAACAAAAGAAGAAACCCAAAUCUGAAGAGAACAAGUGCGAAAGAGUGUUGUGAAUGACAUCGAGUGAAAGCCAAAGCCGAAGAUAGCGAAGCGAAACGAGAAACUGUGUGUAAAUAGAGAAACAGGACGCGAAAUGCGACUACAACAGGUGCUGAAGAAGAACGAUGGUCGAUUCUGGUCCGCUGGUUGUCGCUGAGGAUGUCCAUCGUCAACGUCAGCGGGAGAUCAACGGCAAACACAACGACCAGAACCCCGACCUGCAGCGGCAGGAUCAAUUGGAAGUGCUAAAGAUGAAUAGUGUCGAAAAUGUGGAAGAUGCAGGAACAUCGUCAUCGCCGGAAAUUGUAGAAGAACUGGUGGAUGGGUUAGCUCUUGGUAGGGAAAAGAGUCAAGAGGAAGUGAUUGUUGUAUCAGAAGAAGACGAAGAAGAAGAGCUGCCGAAGAAUGGUGGUGGAGAAACGAACGGUCCCAAUACUAUAAUGGGAGGAUCGUCCAAUACCGAUGAGGAAAGUAUUCUCACCAACUGCCGGAAGGAAAAUAGUUUAGAUGAAAAGCAGACAACACCAAGUGUUGAUGAGACGGCUGAUGACGAUCUGGAGGUGAUAGAAAUUACUUCGACACCUCCGCCAACGUCGUCUGAAGUGAUAACUGGGAACGAGGCUAGCAACAAAAUUGUAAAUAAUAACGAUAGCAUUGCUUUGAAGCACAAAAUCACAGGUGCUUUGGAAGGUAAGACUGCCAACAAUAACGUCGUUCUACAGAACUGUGUAGGUCGGACAACGCAAGAAUCUCCAAAGGAAGGUAACAAUACCUCUUCCAAGCAUAACGAGAUGGGUCUUUCAGAGGAAAACCGUAAGGUUGAACCACUGAAGAUUAAUCUUCAUCGAGAGCCCAUUAGAACUAUAAUCAAACUGCCACCGGGCACUGGUUCCGGAUCAGAUCAUCAACCAAGCUCUCCAAAGAUUACUAUCAAGCCUAUAAAACCUCCGCCGAACGUGGACGCAACUCAGGUCAAUAGCAUUCCCAAGCUCACGAUCAAACCAGUGGUGAAUCCUGAGGAAUCCAGCAGCGAACAAAUGCAAAUCAUUCCUAAAUUGCACAUAAAAAAUUCGUCUCUGGACAAUUCCGGUGGCGAAGGAGCCGAACCACACAUUGUGCCUAAGUUGACGAUACGUGCCGUAAACCACAGUAGUCCGACGAUAGCGGGAAGUUCCGGAUCUGCCAGUAACGAUACAUCAAGUUCGGCAACUCACAACUCCUCAAACUCGUCGGCUUCUAACUCGCCUCCCAUGGUUCCUAAGCUCACGAUUAAAAAAGACAACCAUCACCACCACAGCAGUCAUCAUCAUCACCAUCACCAUCAUUCGCACCACAAUAACCGGUUGGUAGCCAAGGAGGAUGACCCUCCGACUAUCCCAAAGCUUCACAUCAAAGCAAUACCGGACCCGGCAGCGUCCUCACCCAGCUCAGGCUCCUCCGGAACAUCAUCCGGACCGGUGCUAACCAGCUCUGAAGGAGUCAAACUCACUAUCAAACCCAUUCCGGAACCACCUUUACCGAAACUCACCAUCAAAACGAGUUCUCUGGACUCCAAUGAUGUGUCGGUAGUUUCAUCGACAAGUAGCAGUUUUUCGCCGAAGCUCUCAACGCCUCCACCUGCAUCUCCGAGUGAUCAACACUCCAGCAUUUCGUCAACAAUUCCAAAACUCACCAUCAAGCCCAUCCCUAAACCAGCACCGGUCAUUCCACGGGACCCAUCGGAAGUCCCGAUCCCGAAACUCACAAUCAAACCAAUGCCUCCGAAGCCACUCGCUUCCGAGGACAGCUGCUCAAGUGAAACCAGUAUUAAUUCGCUAGAAUCCUCACCAAUCUCAUCGUCAUCGUCGGCUCCCGGUUCUGCAAUCUGCUCACCUUCCGUCGUUCCCAAAUUAACGAUCAAAGUCCCUAAGGAAAACGAUAGUGUCGUAACGUCGUUACCGCAAAUCACAUCCGGUUCCAUUACGACCACGACUAGCACAUCUGCAGUCACACCUCCCACUAUCCCCGUCGUAAAGAAACUCAACAUCAAACCUAUGCCACCACAACCAAAAGAAGUCCUCAAGGAAAAGACUCCACCUCCUGAGGAUGACAUCGUAGACGUAACGGAAGACGACGUUUACGAGCCAGUAACGAUCAACAUCGAUCUGGAGGAACCGGAACCGAUCCUAAUUCCAAAGUUCACCAUCAAGACCAUCCCCACAAAUUCCAAGUCUAAGGAUUCGGAAACCGAUUCGGCACCGAAAAUAACGUUGGAACAAAUCCCAGAACCUGAUCGUGAGCAGACGACACCGCCCCCACCACACGACCCGUCCACUGAGGAAAGCGACCAGCAACCUCCAGAAGUGUCGACAAGCAGUUCGAAAACGCCAGACUCCGGCUGCGACUCGCCACGCAUCAUUCUGAAGAUUAACAAGGGAAGCUCUUGCACAACAACUAGCGCAGCACAAAGCACACCCGCUGUUCUUCUCGAGAAAGAGGAGCCCCUUGCAAACAAAGUGGAAGAACCCGUCAAUGACCUGAAACGAUCGAUUCCGGAACCAUCACCGGAACCGAGCUCCGAUGUGCCAGAAUUGAAAAAGAUCAAAUUGAAUCACCAAACGGUCAUUGUACCCAAUCAAGUGGCCAAAAUGCCACCCGUCGAAAACGACGUAAUUGUGAUAGACGACGAUAGCAAGUCGGAUAUGGGAGAAGAUCCAAUCCCGGCCCAAGUUGACGUCCAAGUGGAAAAAGUGCGGACACCUUCGCCCUUAAUUGAGAUUCCCAAAUCGAACGAAGCUCCCACUGCGAAAACCAUUGAAACCCCUGCAACUGUGUCCCAAGAAGAAGGCAAUAAGCUUAAGGAAAUGCUGUUCCAAGCAAAGCGGCAACGAGCCAAGACACCGACUCCUCAUAUGGAUCCCCGUCCCAAGCGGACGGCAGCAAUUCACGCGAUUCCAGCUUCGGUACUUUUAAAGAGGCAUCCAACAACAUCGAGCUCACCGGUUGCUGUUCCGGUAAUACAACCAAUCCCUGAAGCUGAGCGACCCGUGUCCAACAACAUUACCAGCGUCCUGCUGCUCGAAAACGACGAAGGAUCCAGUUCCGAUUGUAUGAUCAUUGAAGACCCUUUGACGUUAGCGGAAAAGAACGGAACCUCAAGCAACAGUAACAGUAGUAGUUUCAGCAGUGUGACUCCCGUUAUGUCCAUAACAACCACACCUGCCGUCAGUUUUCCUGUUAUGAACGAUUUUACGGCAGCAAUCCCGUCAACGAAGGUGCGUAUGAGCACCCGUAGUGGAGGUUCUGGGAGUACUCCUUCACCAAAAGACACCGUAAUUACCCACAAGCCUCCAGAUAAAGACUCCGGCUUAGACGAAGGCAAAACGGACUUGGAAGAUGCCCCGCCACCAGUAAAACGACCCCGUGGACGUCCGAAGAGGACCGUCAUUGUGGCCCCAAAGGAAACCGACGAAAUUGUAGCUGACGAAGAAACGGAAGAAACCGUCAGCACCAAGCUAACUAUGGCAUUGAGCUUGGAAGCCAACGGCAAUACCAGCUCAUCGGAGCUACCACCCAUGCUUCCGUUGUCGUUAUUCUCCAAAGACAACCCUUGUCGGGUUUCACCACGGGUGCUGCUGAAACCGUUAACACCAUCACGGCUAGAUCAGAAACCACCGGCCUCGCCGUUGGUGGUCAACACCACCACCAUGGCAUCGACGGAUUCCGUCGAUGUGGAAGAAUCGACAUGUUCGUCGUCGAAAGAUCCGCUGAACGGGGUGGCGAUACCAUCGACGGAAGUGUCCACCAGUCCGGAAGUUCCGGAAGUCGUCAAGGAACCAGAACCAGUGACACCAAGGCCCCGUGGCAGAGGCCGUGGUCGAGGACGUGGACGAGGUCGAUUCGCUGCAGUAACGCAAAGCGCCCAGGCAGUGCUGCUACGACAUGAUGAUGACAACGACACGGUAACCCCGUUAUCUUUACGGUCCGCAUUUGCUGGCGUGGGUUCGGCGCCUCCGAUCCGCCGAGGCCGUGGUAGUAGAGGAGGUCGUGGCAGUCGGGGAGGUCCCGGUAGCAGAGGUGGCCCCGGAAGCCGAGGCGGACGUGGAAGUCGAGGUGGUCCUGGUAGCAGAGGUGGACCUGGUAGCAGAGGGGGUCCAGGCAGUAGGGGCGGCCGUGGCAGUAGAGGAGGUCGUGGUUCUGGUCGCGGUCUUGGCCGCGGACGGGGCCGAGGACGCGGUCGAGGAAGUCGUGGUGGCCGCGGUGGAGUACGAUCCAAUUCCGGCAGUCCUACCAAGUACGGAUCGCCACCGGAAUUCAGUACGUUCACGACACCGGAAGGAAUGGAACUCCACCGGCGGAAACUGUUACUGUCAACGCCAUCCACUGGGGCCAACUCGUCCGCACUGCAGGUGUUCGAAGAGGACACUCGCAUGAGCGGAGAUUUCAACUUCACCACUCCAAUGCGUCUGAUCAGUACCGGCCCGGGGCCUUUCGGCAUAAAUGAAGAAUCGCAAAGCUCGUAUCUCAGCAGUGCCAGCGUAACGCAGGAUAACAGCGGUGCGUUGCCUUCGAUUCUAUCCACCACUGGCAGCAGCCGGAAACCGAAAGCCAAAUUGGAAGUAUUCGACUUCAAUGGGCAAAUGGAAUUCAGCGUUGAGUUCUUAGCCGAGUACGAAUGGCCUCAACCGACGACAGGAAAUGUCCGCGGAGCUGCCGACAGUUAUAUGAUUCAGGAGCAAAUCGCCGAAUAUCUCGGGGUGAAGAGCUUCAAGCGGAAAUAUCCGGAUCUCAUGCGAAGGCCCGUCGAUAUGGAGGAACGGAACUACAUCAUGGAACGAGGUCUUGCGUCCGAAAAGAUGUGCGAUCUUGGCCUGACCGCAGUGUAUGCUUCGGAAAUUCUGGACAUUAUGUGCAAUGACUAUCCAGAAAAGUACGAAGAGUACAAGCGGUAUCAGCGGGAGAAGCACUAUCGAGAUCGGCAGAAGUACCUACAGAGAGCAGCUGCGGCGGCUGCCAUCGCCAUCGACGAUGUCGAUAAAAGCCAGUUGCUGAAGAUGAAAGCCAUGCAGUCGGCCGCCGGCUGGAACCUUAGCAUGAACAAAGAACGGAAGGAAAACCGCAGGGCGUGUAUAGAUCUUCAAACGUACGUGGUGCAAAUACCUCGGGAACAACGGUUAGAAACCGAGCCCGCCGGCCCAGAGAAACAUUACCCGAUUGCUUUGGUGCCAGGCCAAUUCUCCGAAGCUUAUCGUACCUACACGCCGGAGGAGUUAGCAUGCUAUCCUAUCAACACCGCACUACUAAAUCCAUACCAGUUACGGGAAAUCCUGCAGUCGGAUCGGUACCGCAAGCUGUUGGCUGAAGUCGCAUCGGGAAGUGAAAGCAGUAGCAGCGAUAGCAGUAGCGACGAAAAUGACUCGGACAGCGAUAGUAACGAUAGUGAGGACACCGAAUCCGGCUCGGAUUCCGACUCUAGUAGCUGUUCGGGUGAUUCUGAUGAUUCCGAUGCACCACUGAUGAAGACACCGAGUAAGAAACCUCCCUCGGCUAGCACAGGUGCCAAUGCUAGUCCUACCAAUAGUAGCAAGUUCCGGCCGCCUCCACCGAAAACGAAAUUUCCCCUCCCGGUGUCGAGUCCAUCCAUCAAAACCGAAGAAGAGUCCACUAAACGCAAAUUGAAUCCCUACCUAUGUGCGGUCUGUCAGGGACCGCAGAACCGAAAUCAACAGCACAAACCGGAACGUUUCAUCCGCUGCUCGAUCUGCAGGCGAAGAGCUCAUCCAUCCUGCAUCGACAUGUCGGCGAAGAUGUUCAAGCGUGCCUCGGAAUACCCGUGGCAAUGUUUCGAGUGCAAAUCCUGCCAAAAGUGCCACCGCCGACAAAAUGUAGCCGCUCCUGCUGCUGCUGCUGCUACUGCAGCAAAGGUGGACAAUCCUGUCGCUGGCGCUUCAACUACGACAACCGCUGCCAACCGGAAGAUGGUAUUCUGUGAUCAGUGCGAUCGGGGAUUCCACCUGACCUGCAUUGGACUGCGAAAUGUGCCCGAUGGCCGGUUUCACUGUACGGUAUGUUCGAUAUGCAACCGUUGCGGAGCGCGCAGUCCCGAGGGUCACCCGAAUCCCUACCUAACGCCACAGCAGCGGGAGAAUCUGGCCAUGGUUGCCAACUGGACGCACGAAUAUGCCACCAAUGAGCUCACUCGGAUACGAGAGCACGUUCUAACGCUGUGUGUGCCCUGCGUGAGGCACCGGAAGCUUCAGGAGGAGGAACGGCUGAAACGGUUACACCAGACGACAACGGAAGCCGAAAAGGCUGCAAACAGGAAAGAAAUAGACAGCAGCAGUACUAGUGGGCAUAAUAAGCACAUCCACAUAAUAAGCACUAAUAGUGGUAGUAGUUCUAGUAAUGAUAGUAAUAGUAAUAAUAUUAAUAAUAGCAGCUCUGGUUCGUCCAAAAGCGGAACGAGGGAACCAACGGCGGCGAAAAAUACCGGUGCACCCCCUCCGCAGCCACCAUCGAAGUCCGUCGCUUCGGUGAAAGGAUGAAAGUAAGCCGCAGUCUGGUAAGGAUCAAUAAUUGAAGACUUUCUGUUUUUUAGUUCGGCUGUUGUGUGUCACGUUGCUCAGCGCGCAGCACACCAGCCGUUUCGUGUAGAGUUCAAAUCGAAUUAAUUUGUACAAAAAUCAAAGUUUACAUUAAGAGAGAGUACAUUGCGUAAGGACAACAGGAUUUGUUACGUCGUUUAUCUAGGUUCGUAUGUGUGUUUAAUUCUUUAGGUAAAAUAGUGUUUCGUUCUCUUUGCGAUUACCUUCCAGGGUUUGUUCUUUCAAUUGAAAGUGCUUGCAACGGCGAGGUUAAUCAGCAUUACGCAAGGUUCCGUUUUCUGGAACUGAGGCGUUAAAGCUUUUUCUAGCUUGAAGUGUUUGAUGUCAAAUGUUCAGUAGAAAAUUGUUUGAAGAAGAAAUUCGCGAUUUAAUUGGUUUGGGACCUGGAAUAAAUCAGACUUUUGUUAGAUGCCAUCAUUUUAGAACGACACUUUCUAAGUGUCUCAUCGUCAUGACUCUUUAAUUUUUGCACUGUUGGUAAAACUACAGCAAAGUGAGUCAAAAAUAUAUAUUUAAAUGUACGUGGAGUAGUAAUUAUAAUUAUUUUUCUGGGUUGGUAUCUGGACUCGAUGGCAUUCAUGGGAAGUCGUUUUACCUAAUUGGAAACCUAUUUUGCAUUAUCCAUCUCAGAUAAUCCUUGUUUAUCGGAUUUUGUACAACCGUUGGUUUGCACCGAAUUCUGCACAUGGAACUCAAUAAGUUUUACGAGAAACAGAAACUGAUGUAUAGAACAAGUAGGCUAUAAGUUUCAUGACGGCGUCCAAGUGGAUAUUGUCGCCUGCUUUGUUUCGCUGUAACAAAGCUUGUAACAUAUUUUGUUUACAAUAAGACCACUGAUAACGAGAAAGUAAUAACAAUGGAAACAAUCUCAUCGAAUCUACUUUUGUGGGUAAGCUGAUAAAACUAUAACUAUUGCACGUUUAAAUAUAGUUAUAAAUCCUGGAUGUAGUUUUGUUACUGUAUUCUGAUGAAAUUUAACUGACAAAGCAACACAGAAACACAAUUUUUAGUUUAAGCGCAACUGUUUCACGACAUUUGUCUACGUUAAUUGCUUUCUGGACCGAUUUCGGUUGCAUACAGAGCUCCAGUAGAUUGCGAAAUCUUUCAAAUUUCAAAAAAAACAAUUGAAUAUAUGGGGGACAUUGUAAAAAACAACAGAUACAUCUGAUAAGAAAAGUACUAUCUAUAAAAAUAACUGUCAUUGUGACAAACAACAAGCUAAGCAUAAGAAUAAUCGUAAGAGCCAUGUAAAUACACUGAACGCAUAAAAAAGAAUCAUUAGUAGCCUAUCAGCAUGAAUCCCUAAACAAAAGAAUAGUGUAAAAAAUAAACACCUUCUAACAAGUAUUAAACUUAUUUGGUGAGAGGUAGACUUACCGCUUCUACGGUCGAUUCAACGGUCAAUAUGCACGACGGGAGAGCGAUUUCGAAAUGAAUCAAGAAGCAAAUAGAAAACGAUAGUCGUUAGAGUAGACCGAAGUAAUACUAUCGCAACUCGGAUUAUC